AACAAACACGCUUUUUUCCAGCGUGUUUUGAUAUUUUCUAUAUUUACUAAUGUCAUUUCAUCAGCAUACAGUAUUUUUUGUUCCUUCUCACUAACGUCAGUAGUGGACAACAAUAGUGGACCUUGAGAUACAAAAUACAUAAUGGCUUAGAUUUGAGUUCUGCCUCCAGACUCUAUAGCCAUACAUUGGUUUCUAUUGCCUAUUGAUUGUAUUUAUUACGCUGCGUGCCCGUGCAUUUCAUAGCUUCCAAGAUUUUCAAUUAGUGCUGGUUGUGACGAAAACUUUAGACAUCUACAGAAAUAUGACAUAUAACGCGUUUCUUUUUUGUAAUGCAUUUAUAAUAGCUUCUAUUAGAAUUCAAAUAACUGUUUCUGCACAUUUCCAUUUUUGCAAUCAGAAACCUGUGUUUUUUAGAUGAUAACAUCAAUAAGUUUACGAAAAAUCAGUUCUGCAUAUUAUUUUAAUAGUAUUUUUUCUGUUCAUUUAUCACGAAUGUAAACAGUUCAUUGGAACUACUUUUCCGAAAUCAGUUUUCUUAAUACCUAUUUUCUUUUUGAUGUCGAACCAAACAUUUACAUAAAUGGCAAAGAGGUGGUAUUCUCUCUUUGGAGUCUCCAGUCUGUCGGCUUGACUUGUAUAUCUUUGGCAUGUGUUUCUAUUCUCUUUGUCGGAUAUGUCAAGUAGGGGCGUAACCUGUCCACAUUACGCAAUUGAUGAAUCAUCGACAAAUUCAUUGAGUGAAAUUAAUGAGAUGUAAUUCGCCAUGGAAUCGCACAAAGAGCAAUAUAAUGGUCUGGCACUUUAUUCUUGAAUCCAAGCAUUGAACGGCAUGAUGACAUCAAUUUCCCGUCCGAAUGUAUUAACUGCCAAGGACACCCCAUUCACAAAAUAAUAAAACAGGACGCUUUACACAUCGGCGAUAGCAGCGACGUUUUAUCUAGUUCCACUCAGCCGCUACGCGCGGUGUCAGCAACAGCGCCGUAAUUUAGUGGAGAGACGCUCUACAGACCGGUGGUUAGUUGGCGAUUGGUGAUCGUAACAUUUGAUAUGGAGUGGAUGCUGACACCGUUAGAUAUCUUGUCUGUUGUCCCAAGGUGGUAUGUGGGCGCCUGCUUUGGGACAGUGUUCUUCUUAUAUUACUUGCGCGAUGCCGUGAAACUACCAACCAUAGCGUGUGCUCCCGGCAAGUUCAGACAAUUUUUGGAAGAUAACGUUCCUAUAUUGAAGGAAAAAUUCUGGCCUACAUUAUGGUGUUUCGAAUCGCGAGCGCAAACUGUUUUGGCUAGCCUACUGCGCUCGCAACUUCUUCCCGAAAUUCUCUACAGAAGAGAAAUAUUGAGGCUUAGUGAUGGUGGACAAGUGGCCUUGGACUGGCUGGAGGAUGGCUGUGCCCCUAAGUCACCAAUUGUUAUUAUCCUUCCUGGUUUAACCGGAGCUAGUCAAGCAGAUUAUGUCAAAACACUUGUUAGAGCUGCAAACAAACUUGGGUUGCGUGUAGUUGUGUUCAAUAACCGGGGUCUUGGAGGUAUAUCACUGAAGACACCUCGAACAUACUGUGCUGCGAACUGUGAAGAUCUGUCAGCUGUUAUUCAUCAUGUGCAGACUCUCAAUCCAAAUGUUCCUUUAGCAGCAACGGGUAUAUCAAUGGGCGGAUUAAUCCUUGGAAAUUAUUUGGCUGCAGAAGAAUUGGCAGCACGGAAGAAGUUUGUAGCUGCUAUGGUUAUCUCAGUACCAUGGAAUGUUUUUAAAGGGUCUGAAAGCAUUGAAAAACCCUUUCUGAAUCUCAUGCUCAAUCGGCAUUUGUGUGAGGGACUUUGUAAACUGAUUGAAGGGGCAGAAGAACUUGGUAUUGAUGUUCCUUGGGACAUGAAUGAAAUUCGAAAGAGCAGAACAAUAAGGGAGUUUGAUGCAAACUUCACUGUGAAGCAGUUUGGUUUCAAAGAUGUAUUUGACUACUACAGUCAGGCAACACUCCACAACAAAUUGCACAAGAUAGCAGUACCUUUACUUUGCCUGAAUGCGGCAGACGAUCCCUUUCAGCCAUUAGAUGCCAUUCCAGUGGAGGCAGCAAAUAAUUCCAAGAAUGUCGCUAUGGUUAUAACUGCACGGGGUGGACACAUUGGCUUUUUGGAAGGAAUUAUGCCAGCUUACCAGACUGAGACACAGUACAUGAGCCGUUUGUUUUCACAGUAUUUUAGUGCUGUGUUCAGGGAAGAGACAGGAUUUUUUAAUUUAUUGGACAAAGCUGACUGAUCAUGUUAUAUUACUACCAAAGAUAUAUUGGUAAAAAUCACGUAAUUCUAUGGCUGCUUUCUUGUUGUUAUUUGAAAGUCUAUUAAAUGCAUUUACUAGAGAUAGUAAUUUAUAACUUGAGCUAAAAUAUUGAAAUGUAGCAUUUGGUUUUACAUUCAUGAUUUCAGAAGAAACGUGAUUACAUAGCAUGCUUCAUUUGGAGGUUUAAUCUCGUUUCUUCCACACUAUGGCUUUAUGACUAAAGAAUUAAUUUUAAAAGAAAUAAUUUUAAAUACUAUUUUGUACUUUUGUAGUUUAUGAAAAGAUACAGAGGCAUAUGACAUGUGCUGCAUUGUAUGCAUUCCCCCUUUCCUUUCUGUGAUAGUUUAAGCAUGGAUUUUUUUUUUUUAAUCAGGGCUUGUACAAUGUGUUUUAGAUGACAUUUUUGCCUGGUGUUUUUUUGUGUACUCAUGUAACUGUUAGUUGUUAUGGUUCACAUGAAAGUCAUAAAAUUGUAGUUUAAAUUGUUGAACAGUGGAGAAGAAAUUUGCAUUGGAAGUAGGGAUCAGAUUGGUUGUGUCAAAUGUGUGUAAGAGCAGUAUUAGCAAGUAAUGAAUUUUAUCUAUCCCCCUCCAAAUUAUUGAUGUGCCUCACUUGAUGACACACAUUUUAUAUUGAGCAGUUAUAAUGUGACUGAUCCUGAGCUGUGGUUGUACUGGUGCUACAUUGAGGAAAUACCAUUGCACAAUGUGUGAUAAAAAGCUGAUGUUGGCUAUAGAUGCUCUUCCACUUACAUAACUAACCUCUUGCAUCCACUGUGUGUGUGUGUGUGUGUGUGUGUGUGUGUGUGUGUGUGUGUGUGUGUGUGUGUGUGUGUAAAUAUACAUAGACCUAUUGCAUAAAAGCUCCAGGUGCAAGAUUAGUUUCUAACAGAAAGAUUGUGAAUUUUGUAAGGAUGUGUGACGUUAAAUCAAAGUGAACUACUUUGUUUGCUGCAGUAUUAUCUAAAAUAUAUGUAACAUAAUUAUGUCUACUAUAAAACACUGUCUUAGCCAUUCUGUCGCAUUUUCUUGAGAACUUAUCUGUCUUGCCCAUUUCGAUAAUCAUUCAUUUCCAUCUCUGUCCAGCUGUUCUCAUUAAUGCCAAUGUUUUAUUUUAAUUUUUGUAAGACAUUAUGUUUGUACAUUGCACAACAUUCUGUCUGUGUGGAUGUUGCACAAAUUUGUGCUUACUACUGACAGAAAUUUUUUCUUGUCACAUUACUUCACUAAUUUCAAUAACUGUCUGCAUUAUGGAAUGCUUUCAGUGGUCUUGCUUUGAAAUUUCAGGUAUAUUUGUAGUUCAUUCAUUCUGGCUGGCUGUCUUGGUACAAGAACAUUAUUAGUGAUAUUUUACAACUAAUUUUGAUGCAAGAUUUUAAAUUUUAUGUUCCUGCCAUUUUGUAAGAUACAGUGACUACACAUUAUUUGCAUAUAUAUGUUUGUUUUGUCUUCAGAGUUUAUGUGAAUGUUAGUAAUGAUCUACAGCAUUAGAAAGUUAAUUCUCAAUGCUGCACAACACUAAUAUUAUGAUAAGAUCAUUAAAAAACACCUUCAAUUACCCUUACGUCACUAUAUACUGUAGACUACUAUUAUCUGUGUUAGGUGGUAAUAGUAGCACUGAAUAGUUGUGUGUGUCUUCUUGUGUAUUAAAUUAAGUAUUAAUGCCUGUCAGUAUGGCCAAGAGUUAUAUUGUUUUUAUUUUUUUCAUUUUCUUUACUUGUGCUCUUAUGUUCUGAACAGUUACUCUUCUCAAUUUACCCAAAAGGCAUAUUACAGUAUCAAUAUUAUUGUAGUAACCUAAUGAUCUGCAGAAAACUUUGUGUAAUUGUAGAACAUAAGAGUUAAAUUAUUGCAUAGUGAUUAAGACACAUGUUGUGGUAAUCUUGGCAUAUAUGUGAUCUGGCCAAUAUGGUUUUCCAAAAUUGCAUUUUUAUAUAAAAUCAUAUAAAAUGUUUCUGACAGGACCAAAUUUAUGUGCACAGGAGAAGAGCGUAAAAAAAUAAAGCAUGAAAGAAGUGAAGAAAA